AAAGCACUCAUGCUUAUCUCCACUUUGCUCUGACUUACCGCCUGCCACCGUCUACUGGACCACGAAACUGCGUUCCUCAUUGUCGUUUUGCACGUUAAAUCCCCAAAAUACCAUGGAUUUCAAUCGGCAAACAGAUACGUUUCUGGGGCGGAGUCUCCCAAGCCCGGUUUAUAAACAACCUAAGAAGACAUUAUUACCCUUCUAGUUCCACUUAAAACCGACCGUGCCAGCUAGCUGUCGAUGAAUCUAAUAGAUUCACGCUCGGAGUCGGUUAGCGAGUCGUCUGGCAACUGAAAAGAGUGAGUUUGGUAUAACAACCAAGUCAAACACUAGUAAAAGAUAUGUCUCCUUCUUUGGUCACAAAUGGCGAUGUCGCCGCCGUUAUAACGGCUCCAGUGGCCGGACGUGUUGCCUCUGUUUACAGUGAAGUUCAAACGAGUCGUAUCGACCACUCUCUUCCUCUCCCUUCUGUUUUUAGAAAUCCCUUCAAAAUCGUCGAUGGGCCACCUAGCUCCGCCGCCGGCAACCCUGAUGAGAUUGCAAAGCUGUUUCCAAAUCUGUUCGGCCAACCAUCGGUAAUGUUGGUGCCUAACGGAGCUGAUAGUAUCCGAUCUGAUCAGAAGCUGAAGAUCGGCGUCGUUUUGUCUGGAGGACAGGCACCUGGAGGUCACAAUGUGAUUUCUGGAAUAUUUGAUUACUUGCAGGAUCGCGCGAAAGGUAGCAUUCUGUAUGGAUUUAGGGGAGGUCCUGCUGGGAUCAUGAAAUGCAAAUACGUAGAAUUGACUGCAGAUUAUAUUUACCCUUACAGAAAUCAGGGUGGCUUUGAUAUGAUCUGUAGUGGCAGAGACAAGAUUGAAACUCCUGAGCAGUUUAAGCAAGCUGAAGAAACAGUAAUGAAGCUUGAUUUGGAUGGGCUUCUUGUUAUUGGUGGGGAUGACUCAAACACAAAUGCAUGCCUUCUUGCUGAAAACUUCAGCAGGGGUAAAAAUUUGAAAACUCAAGUGAUUGGAUGCCCAAAAACCAUUGAUGGUGAUUUGAAAUGCAAAGAGGUUCCAACAAGUUUUGGAUUCGAUACUGCUUGCAAGAUAUAUGCUGAAAUGAUUGGAAACGUCAUGAUUGAUGCACGAUCUACUGGAAAAUAUUAUCAUUUUGUAAGGCUCAUGGGGCGUGCAGCUUCGCACAUUACUUUGGAGUGUGCUUUGCAGACGCACCCCAACAUUACCAUUAUUGGAGAAGAGGUUGCAGCCAAGAAGCUGACACUUAAAAAUGUCACAGACUACAUGGUUGAUAUCAUUUGCAAGCGUGCUGAACUUGGUUACAACUAUGGUGUUAUUCUCAUUCCUGAAGGUCUCAUUGACUUCAUUCCUGAGGUCCAGCAGCUUAUUGCUGAACUGAAUGAAAUUCUGGCUCAUGAUAUUGUUGAUGAAAAUGGACUAUGGAAAAAGAAACUUACUGAUCAGUCUCGAAAGCUUUUUGAGUUCUUACCUCAAGCAAUUCAAGAACAAUUGAUGCUUGAAAGAGAUCCACAUGGAAAUGUUCAGGUUGCCAAAAUAGAAACAGAGAAAAUGCUCAUUCAAAUGGUUGAAACAGAAUUGGAGAAGAGGAAGCAGGAGGGCUCUUAUAGAGGCCGUUUUAAAGGACAGUCUCAUUUUUUUGGAUAUGAAGGAAGAUGUGGCUUGCCAACUGACUUUGAUGCCUGCUACUGCUAUGCCUUGGGCUAUGGUGCUGGAGCUCUCCUCCACAGUGGAAAAACUGGGUUGAUAUCAUCGGUAGGAAAUUUGUGUGCCCCGGUUGAAGAAUGGACUGUUGGAGGGACUGCUCUGACAUCAUUAAUGGACGUGGAGAGGAGACAUGGUAAAUUCAAGCCUGUUAUCAAGAAGGCAAUGGUAGAAUUGGAAGGUGCACCAUUCAAGAAAUUUGCUUCCAUGCGGGAGCAGUGGGCCCUUAAGAAUCACUAUCUUAGUCCUGGUCCUAUUCAAUUUGUUGGGCCAGCUUCCAAUGCAGUUAACCAUACCCUGCUGCUCGAACUUGGUGCUCAAGCUUAGAGCUAUUGAUUAAAAUUACUGCUUUCACAGAAGUUCAGAUGUUACUGCUUUCACAGAAGCUCAGAUGUCUAGAGUUAGCAAGGCAAGCUUAAAAAUAUGUUUUGCUUGUGAAGGUCUUGUUUCUUUUUUGAAGAAAUUUGAAAUUUAAACCUUGAGGUUUUGGGAGAAUGAAAUUAGCGAUGUGUGGAUUUCGAAGCUCUAAGAACCAAUUACAUGUUGCAUCAUGGACUUGUAAAUGGAGUUUGAACUGUUGCAGUUGCCCUUUGUUUUUUA